GGCCGCAUGUGACCGCCGUCACCUGACCAACAUGGCCGGGGCCGCCCCCGCCGCCGCCCGCCGCGGCUGAGACGCCGCCGCCAGAAUCCAGCAUGGAAGGCUUCCUGCAGAGUGUGGAGAAGGACCUGAACAUCGACCGCCGGCAGCUGGCCCCCGAGAGGACCCACGUCACCGCCUUCGUGCCGGCGAAAUGGCUGCAGAGCCUGAAGGAGCGCCGAGUGCUGCCAGCGGCCUGCCCGCGGCCCGAGGGGCUGAGCGAGGUGGAGGUCAGGACGUUCCUGCAGCACUCGGUGCAGAAACUCCCGGCGGGCUGGACACGGGUGGAGAUCCACGGGCUGCGCAAGGCCCGGCUGGGGUACCCGCUGCGGGCACAGCCCCCUGAGCAGCGCUGCGGCGGCAACGUGGACAGCCUGCACGGCUUCAUGCAGAGCGUGGCCACCCAGAACUACCACAACCUGUGGGGCCGGGCUCACGGGCUGUACGCGCGGCCCUACCGGCGCCCGGACGCGCCGCCCACGGUGCCGGCGCUGGACGCGCUGAGGGCUGCCCUGCACAGAGCCUACGGCUGCCCCGUCCUCCAGGUGGGCAGGAACGUGCCUGGCACGUCCCCUGCCAAGGAGAGCGUGGCCAAAGGGGCGCCUUUGUGCCCCAACGUGCUGCAGGCUGAGGCGCUGCUGGAGUCGGCCGACAUGCUGUACAUCAUCUACCCCUACGUGCAGUACUGCCUGCACGACAUUGUGACCUUCAGCCCGGCCAAGCUCACCAACAGCCACGCCAAAAUCCUCUUCCUCCUCUUCCACGUGCUGCAGGCCAUGAAGGCUUGUCACCAGGCGGGUCUGGCUUGUGGAGAUUUCUCUCUUCGGGACGUGGCUGUGGAUGAGAAGCUGUGCAGCCGGCUGCGUGUGAACUUCAGAGGGUACGAGGGACCGGGGCAGGAUGAAGAGAAUCUGGAGGGUGGUCUGGAACGAGAGAGCGAGCAAAGCCGCAUGCAAAGGCAGGAGGUGACAUGCAGUGCCUGCCAGAAGGACCUCCGAGACCUGGUGUUGCAGUGGGUGCACGGGCAGGUCAGCAACUUCGACUAUCUUAUGCAUCUGAACAGCUUGGCUGGGAGGAGAAUGGGAGACCCCAAUUACCACCCGGUUCUUCCGUGGGUGGUGGACUUCACUACCAAAAAUGGCAAGUUCAGGGACCUAAGGAAAUCCAAAUUCCGUCUCAACAAGGGGGACAAGCAGCUGGACUUCACCUAUGAGAUGACCAAGCAGGCGUUUGUUGCAGGGGGUUUGAGUGGGGAGCAGCUCCACGUCCCCCAUCACAUCUCGGACGUGCUCUCGGAUAUCACCUACUACGUGUACACGGCCCGCAGGACACCCAAGGCAGUGCUGUGCUGCCACGUCAGGUCCCAGUGGGAGCCCAACGAGUACCCAGCCAGCAUGGAGCGCAUGCAGAGCUGGACACCGGACGAGUGCAUCCCAGAGUUUUACACAGACCCCUCCAUCUUCCGCUCCAUCCACCCGGACAUGCCCGACCUGGAUGUGCCGUCAUGGUGCAGCUCCUACGAGGAAUUCAUCGAAGUUCACCGCAUGCUGCUGGAGAGCCGGGAGGUGUCCCAGGACCUGCACCACUGGAUUGACCUCACUUUUGGCUACAAGCUGCUGGGGAAGGAUGCAGUCAAGGAGAAGAACGUCUGCCUUCACUUGGUUGACAACCACACGCACCUGACGACCUACGGGGUCGUGCAGCUCUUUGACCAGCCCCAUCCCAGGCGCAUGGUGGGACCUGCCUACACUCCUGCUGAAGCUCCAGCCAUUGCCCGGCCUCUGCUCCAGAACAUCCGGGAAGCUGUGGUUUUGGAGGACGUCCAAGGCCAGGUGACGGAUGUGGUCAACGGGUUGGUCCUGGAGGCUAUUCCCAGUGAAACCACCUGGUCUGGGGAGAAGCCUAUUGCUGGUGAGGAUGAUUUGGAGCAAGGCACGGAAGCUCUGGAUUCCAUUUCUGCUCCCGGGAGAGCCCCUGACCAGCCCUGUGCCGCUGUGCCUCCAGCACAGCCAUCCACCCUCCCUGCUUACGCCACCGACGGCAAAUCCUCGGGGGUCCGACCGCUCCGUCGGAGCAAGGCAGGGGCUGUGGAUCAGCUCGACAUGAAGAUCACGCUUCCUGAAGGCUUCAAUCCACUCCAGGCCCUGGAGGAACUGGAGAAAUUGGACAAUUUCUUGGUUAAAGGCUUAAGCAGUGAGAUGCAGCUGAUGGAGCAGCCAUGGGAAGAGCCACCCUUGGGUCUCUCAGACCUCUUCCAGAGGGACAUGCAAGCUCUGGGCAUCCUGGUAGCUGAGAUUAUAUUUGCACCGAGGCUUCGUCCUUCGAAGCCCGACGCGUCCCUGUUGGAGCGGUUCCUGAUGGUGAGGAACCUUUGCUGUUACCAUCCCAAGGAGAUCCCGGCCCCGCUGCAGCACGUGCUGCACGUCCUGCUGCAGCUGAGCGUGCCCGUGGAGAAGCUGCUGAAGAGCAGGCUGGGCAAGGGCGCAGUGCAGUUGUUUGAAUACAAACCCAUCUCCCAGGGCCUCCCCCCACCCUGUCCCACACAGCUCCUCAGCCCCUUCAGCUCCAUUGUCCCCUUCCCCACGUACUUCCCAGCUCUGCACAAGUUCAUUUUCACCUAUCAGGCAAAGAAGAUCGAGGAUGAAGGGCAAGGCCGGGAGCUUGUUUUCCAGCUGUGGCAGCAGCUGGAGGGAAUCCUUUCUGAAAUCACUCCUGAGGGCUUGGAAAUUCUUCUGCCUUUCAUAUUAUCUCUGAUGUCUGAGGAAAACACCGCUGUCUACGCAGCGUGGUACCUCUUUGAACCCAUAGCUAAAUCCCUCGGCCCCAAGAAUGCCAAUAAAUACCUGCUGAAGCCCCUGAUUGGAGCCUACGAGACGCCCUGCUCCCGCCACGGCAGGUUCUACCUGUACACAGACUGCUUUGUGGCCCAGCUGAUCGUGCGCCUGGGGCUGCAGUCCUUCCUCCUGAACCUGCUGCCCCACAUCCUGCAGAUCCUCGUGGGCAUCGAGAGCUCGCGGGAGGAGAGCAAAUCCUUCCUCGGCACCGCCGAGGACGAUGAGAGCGGAGGGGAGAGCCCAGUGUCGUGUGUGUUUGGGGAGGAGAUCAAGAUGGAUGUGGAGCACAGCUCUGCUGCGCUCGACCUCCUGGACUACACCUCUGGGGUCAGCUUCCACGACCAGGCCUACCUGCCCGAGGGUGAGGACUUCCAGAGUGGCCUCUACGUCGGGGAAUCCCUGCAGCCCCAGGAGCAGGAAUCGCUCAGCCUCGGCCGGCUGAGUGACAAGAGCAGCGCCAGCGAGGUGUCCCUGGGCGAGGACAGACCUGCAGAUGGGGACUCCCAGAAGGACAAGAGCAGCUUGAAGUCGAUGGACAGCAGCCAGGACCUGAAGCAGAGCGAGGACUCCGAGGAGGAGGAAGAGGAGCAUGAGGAAGAGGAGCACGAGGACGCGGCGGUCGAUGCAGAGCUGACGGUGGUCGUGGAUGCUGCUGGGGCCUCUGUGGAUGUCACCCUGGCUGAUGACAGCAGCGAGCCAGAGGAUGGGGAGGGAGAGGAGCUGCCAGAUCUCUCUGACAAGGAGCAGACCAUACUGCUGGACACAGCCUGUAAGAUGGUGAGGUGGCUCUCGGCCAAGCUGGGCCCGACCGUCACGUCCCGCUUCAUUGCCAGGAACCUGCUCCGGCUGCUCACGUCCUGCUAUGUCGGCCCGACCAGGCAGCAGUUUGUACCGAGCAGCGAUGAGAACAGUCCCCUGAGUACAGGGAAUAUCUACCAAAAGCGGCCUGUGCUGGGAGAUCAGGUGUCCAAACCGGUGCUGGCCUGCCUCGUGCACGUGGCAUAUCUGUAUGGAGAGCCUGUCCUCACCUACCAGUACCUGCCCUACAUCAGCUACCUGGUUGCACCCGGCGGUAGCUCCAGCGGUGUCCGGCUGAACAGUCGGAAGGAGGCCGGGCUCCUGGCUGCUGUGACACUGACACAGAAGAUCGUGGUGUGUCUCUCCGACACCACACUGAUGGACAUCCUCCCCAAGAUCAGUCAGGAGGUGCUGCUCCCGGUGCUGGGCUUCCUCACUUCUCCGGCUGUCGGUUUCCCCAGUGGAGCCCAGGCCCGUGUUGUCCUGUGUGUGAAGACAAUCAGCCUCAUUGCCUUGAUCUGCUUGCGGAUUGGGCAGGAGAUGGUGCAGCAGCACCUGAGUGACACAGUGAGAACCUUCUUUGGGGCAUUCUCGCUGCUGCAGGAGCUGCAGGACCAGGGGUUGACAGCAGAGUCGCUGAGCAGCUGUGAGGUGCCAGUGAUGGAGGUGCCCCUUUCGGAUGGGAAGCUGCUGGCCCUGGAUCCAUCCGUGCUGGUGGAGUUGCAGAAGGUGUUCAACCCCGAGAUGGCCUACAUCACCUACAUCCCCUUCUCCUGCUUGCUGGGUGACGUUAUCCGGACGGUUGUGCCCAACUACUCGCUGGUUGAGAAGCUGGCCAGCCUCCACCUGGAGAAUGUGAACCCCCAGAGCCUGCAGGUCAUCAGCCUGGAACAAACACCGAGCGUGGUGGGCUCAGACCAAGACCUUCGAGGGGCUGAGCCCUUCUCCAGCCCCCAGGAGGACACUCACUCCGGCACUUUUGGGAGCGUCCUGGUGGGGAACCGCAUCCAGGUGCCCGUGGACACACAGCGGGAGGGUCUCGGCUUGCUGCGCCUCGGUGCUGGCACCGAUGGAUUCGUUCCCAGCUCGUCCAGCGAGGAGAACGCCCUGAAGCACGACCUGCCCCGCAGCACCCACAUGCUCUGUGGGAACUGGCUGGCCUACUGGCAGUACGAGAUCGGGGUGAGCCAGCACGACCCCUGCUUCCACUUCCACCAGAUCAAGCUGCAGAGUUUCUCGGGGCAUUCCGGGGCCAUCAAGUGCGUGGCACCGCUGGGCAGCGAGGAUUUCUUCCUGAGUGGCAGCAAGGACAAGACGGUGCGGCUUUGGCCGCUGUACAACUACGGGGACGGCACCAGCGAGGUGCCAGCGCGCUUCACCUACGCCGAGCACAAGAAGUCGGUGUUCUACGUGAGCCAGCUGGAGGCACCGCAGCACGUGGUGAGCUGUGACGGCACCGUGCACAUCUGGGACCAGUUCACGGGCAAACUUCUGCGGACUUUUGAUGAGUUAGACAGCAAAGUCCCCAUCACAGCUGUGACCACCAUGCCACCUCCCUAUCACAGCAUCUCUGUGGCCAGUGCAGACUCUGUGCUGAGGUUCAUUGACCACAGGAAGCCAGGAGUACAGCACGAGUUCCGCCUGGCCAGCGGCGUGAGCGCGGGGCUCAUCCGCUGCCUGGCCGUGAGCCCAAGCGGCCGCAGCGUCAUGGCCGGCUUCUCCUCCGGCUUCAUCGUGCUGCUGGACACCAGGACAGGGCUCAUCAUGCGGGGCUGGCCUGCCCAUGAGGGAGACAUCCUGCAGAUCAAGGCUGCAGAGGGCAACAUGCUGAUCAGCUCCUCUUCAGAUCAUUCCCUGACUGUCUGGAAGGAGCUGGAGCAGAAACCUUUGCACCACUACAAAUCUGCCUCCGAGCCCAUCCACGCGUUCGACCUCUAUGGUAACGAAGUGGUCACCGGCACUGUGGCCAACAAGAUCGGGGUCUACUCCAUGCUGGAGUCCUCAGCCCUGCCCACCAGCACGACCAAGCUGAGCUCAGAGAACUUUCGGGGUACAUUGACCAGCCUGGCAGUGCUGCCCACAAAGUGCCACCUCCUGCUGGGCUCGGACAAUGGCAUCAUCCGGCUCCUGGCGUAGUGGCCCCGGCCUGGCAGCUGAGGCUGUCCUGCAGUGCUGUGCUGGAGCUGGAAGCCAGCAGCGUGGCUUUUGGAGGAGGCAGAGUCAGAUGUUUCUGAGCAGAGGAUGCAGGGGGAGGUGUACUUGUUGCGUCUCUAACCUCUUUCUGUAUCUUGAAAAAGAAAAAAAAA